CAUGCACACACACACCCAGAUUCUUACAGCACACAUGCAAAGUCAUCCCCACUAUUCACCACCUGUACUAUUUUUCCCCUCUCUCUCUCUAAAACCUCCUCUGUUCCUCUCUCUAAAACUCACCUAGGGUUUUAGUUUGUGUUCUUAUGGUAUUCUAGCAGGUGAAGAACAUUCAUGUCUGCAGAUUCUAAGAUGAUGAAUAAACCACCCCAGAUGAUGACUCGCCCUCCGAAUGAAGAUUUUUCGCUCAAAGAGACCAAACCCGCCCUCGGUGUUGGUAAAACCGCACACGAUAAGCUCACUAGCACCUAUGAUCUUGUUGAACAAAUGCAAUAUUUAUAUGUCCGUGUAGUCAAAGCCAAAGAUUUACCCGGAAAAGAUCUAACGGGCAGCUGCGACCCGUACGUGGAGAUCCGAAUGGGUAACUACAAGGGUACGACCCGCCAUUUCGAAAAGAAAACAAACCCGGAAUGGAACCAAGUGUUUUCGUUCUCUAAAGACCGAAUCCAAUCCACUAUGCUCGAGGUUGUGGUAAAAGAUAAAGAUGUUGUAAAAGAUGAUUUCAUAGGCGGCGUUUUAUUCGAUCUUAAUGAGAUCCCGAAACGGGUCCCACCCGAUAGCCCAUUAGCGCCACAAUGGUACAAGUUAGCGGACCGGAAAGGAGACAAACUUAAAGGGGAGCUUAUGUUAGCGGUUUGGUGGGGUACGCAAGCGGAUGAAGCGUUUUCGGAAGCGUGGCAUUCGGAUGCUGUCGGGGCUAGUGCGGACGGGCUUGCUAGUAUCAAGUCGAAAGUGUACUUAUCACCUAAACUUUGGUAUCUUCGAGUUAAUGUGAUUGAGGCCCAAGAUUUGAUCCCGAAUGAUAAGACACGGUUCCCCGAGGUUUAUGUAAAAGCUAUGCUCGGGAAUCAUGUUUUGAAGACUCGGGUUUCGGUUAGCAAGACGAUAAACCCGUUAUGGAACGAAGAUUUGAUGUUUGUGGCAUCGGAGCCGUUUGAAGAACCGUUGAUUUUGAGUGUAGAGGACCGGGUCGGGCCUAAUAAGGACGAGAUUCUUGGAAGGUGUGCGAUCCCGUUACAAUAUGUUGACCGGAGACUAGACCAUAGAGCGGUUAACUCGAAAUGGUUUAAUCUGGAAAAACAUGUUAUGGUUGAAGGUGAAAUGAAAAAAGAAGUUAAAUUCGCUAGUCGGGUUCACUUGCGAGUUUGUUUGGAAGGCGGGUACCAUGUUCUUGAUGAAUCGACUCAUUAUAGUAGCGAUCUUAGACCGACUGCUAAACAGUUAUGGAAAUACAGUAUCGGUGUGCUCGAGGUUGGAAUCUUGAGUGCGAACGGGCUUUCACCUAUGAAAACGAAAGACGGACGGGCUACAACCGAUGCUUAUUGUGUAGCAAAGUACGGUACCAAAUGGGUCAGAACCCGAACCAUAAUCGAUAGUCCUACACCUAAAUGGAAUGAGCAAUACACAUGGGAAGUUUUCGACCCGUGUACGGUUAUAACCAUUGGGGUUUUCGAUAAUUGUCAUUUACAAGGCGAAGAUAAGCCCGGUGGGAACCGUGACUCGAGGAUCGGUAAGGUUCGGAUCCGUUUAUCGACCCUUGAAACGGACCGCGUUUACACCCAUUCGUACCCGCUUUUAGUUUUGCACCCGUCCGGGGUUAAGAAAAUGGGUGAGAUUCAUUUAGCGGUUCGGUUUACGUGUUCAUCUUUGAUGAACAUGAUGCAUAUGUACUCGCAACCGUUACUACCGAAAAUGCAUUACAUUUACCCGUUAACCGUGAGCCAGCUUGAUAGCUUGAGACACCAAGCGAUCCAGAUUGUGUCGAUGAGGUUGAGCCGGGCUGAACCGCCUUUACGAAAAGAGAUUGUCGAGUAUAUGCUCGAUGUCGGGUCACAUAUGUGGAGUAUGAGAAGAAGUAAAGCAAACUUCUUGAGAAUGAUGUCGGUUUUGGGGGGAUUAGUCGCGAUCGGGAGAUGGUUCAAUCAUAUUUGCAACUGGAAAAACCCGAUCACAACCGUUCUAAUCCACGUUCUUUUCGUGAUACUCGUGUUAUACCCCGAACUCAUUCUCCCAACCGUGUUUCUUUACCUUUUCCUGAUCGGUAUUUGGUACUACCGAUGGAGGCCCCGAAACCCCCCUCAUAUGGAAACCCGAAUUUCAUGUGCUGAUAACGUGCAUCCCGAUGAACUAGACGAAGAAUUCGACACGUUCCCGACUUCCCGACCUCCUGAUAUCAUCCGAAUGCGGUAUGAUCGGCUCAGAAGUAUCAUGGGCCGGAUGCAAACCGUGGUUGGUGAUAUGGCAACUCAAAGAGAACGGUUUCAGUCCCUAUUAAGUUGGAGGGACCCGCGAGCCACGUCACUUUUUGUGACGUUUUGUUUACUUACUGCUAUUGUUCUUUAUGUUACGCCUUUUCAAGUUGUCGCUAUUCUGACGGGGCUUUAUGUUUUGCGACACCCGAGGUUUCGUCAUAAGCUACCUUCGGUGCCAGUUAACUUCUUUAGACGAUUACCCGCGAGAACCGACUGCAUGCUAUGAGAAAAAGACGAUGACUUUUGUCAAAGAUUUUCUCUCUUGAUGUGUUCUUGGAUCAACAUAGGUGUAAAAGAACUGAGUUUAUGAUGGUACAAUGUUUAAUACUAGUGUUUGUAUUGUGUUUUGUGGAUAUUAUGAUUGGUUACUUUGCAGCUUGGUAGGUUUGAAUUUGGUUU